AUGAUUUUCUCAUUCUAUCCUACCAAUCCCAUGAUUUAUUAUUAUAUUCUUUCUUUUCUACUACUUCGUGACUACCUUGGUAUAUACAUCUCUUUUGAAAGGAUGUCAAGUACCAAUGCCGCGUUUACUCUAUUCAACCAUUUCAGUGUUUUUUUCGUUCAAGGUAUUCAAAGAAAGCACGCACAUGUCCGCACGUGCCCCACACGCACCGCCGCCGCCGACGGCCAACUACGUACCCUCCCAGGUAGCUAAAUCUAAGCUCAUCCUUGCAACCCCCACGUUUCUUUCCCCUGAUCCUUUUCCCCCGACCGACCACCUCCUUUCCACCACCCUGCUUCAUCACCAU